CCUUGGAAAGGGAGAGUUCCUUUCUCCGGCCUCCCAGAGCCCGGGCCGCUCUUCGGGGAAGGGGGCUGAGCGAGCGGCGGCUUCCACCAUGCACUGCCAUGGCGAGCUGAGGCUCGCGUCCCCCGGGCAGCUCAAGGCAGCCAGGAGGCGCUACAAGACUUUCAUGAUCGAUGAGAUCCUAUCCAAGGAGACCUGCGAUUACUUUGAGAAACUUUCCCUUUACUCUGUCUGCCCUUCCCUCAUCGUCAGACCCAAACCUCUGCACUCCUGUACUGGGUCCCCAUCUCUGAGGGCAUAUCCUCUCAUCUCUGUCAUCACCCGGCAGCCCUCUGUGGUCCCUCACCUCGGCCCUGCAGCUCCCAGUUCCCGAGCGUUGUCACCCCACUCCUCCUUGGGAGCCACCAGCGCGGAGACACAAGCCAGUGAAACCCACGCUAGCAGUGAGUCGGAAGGGGAGCAGCCCACCCCGCGGUUGAAAAAGCCUCGCCGAAGCCGGACCAUCUUCACGGAACUCCAGCUGAUGGGGCUGGAGAAGAAAUUCCAAAAGCAGAAGUAUCUGUCCACACCAGACAGGCUGGACCUUGCCCAAUCACUGGGGCUGACUCAGCUCCAGGUGAAGACUUGGUACCAGAACCGCAGGAUGAAGUGGAAGAAAAUGGUACUGAAAGGUGGGCAGGAAGCUCCGACAAAGCCCAAAGGCCGCCCGAAGAAAAACUCCAUCCCCACCUCAGAAGAGAUCGAGGCAGAGGAAAAGAUGAACAUCCAAGUUCAGAGGCAGAUGUUGGAGACAUCUCAGGACCCAGAAGAGCAUGAAUUGACAGAGGAGAAGCCUGAAGUCUCCUUGAAGACGGGAAAGUCUCCGGAGCACACAUUGGAGCCCUCCCCGGAGGAGACAACGCCCUCGAGUUAA